AAAACACGACAGCCUUCUUCAAGCCCCUCCAGUAUUAUCCGACGCACUUCCUCCCUGGAUACUCUUGCUGCACCGUAUCUUGCCGGGCACUGGCCUCGUGAUAGCCAUGGGCAAGCUGCACCUUGCAUGAGGGACAAAGCUACACAGACAGAGAGUGCAUGGGCUGAAGAAUACUCUGAAAAGAAGAAAGGAUCUCAUAAGCGCUCAGCAUCUUGGGGCAGUACAGAUCAACUUAAGGAGAUUGCAAAAUUACGCCAGCAGUUGCAGAGAAGUAAACACAGCAGUCGGCAUCAUCGAGAUAAAGAAAGACAGUCUCCAUUUCAUGGCAACCAUGCAGCUAUUAACCAGUGUCAGGCUCCUGUUCCAAAGAGUGCACUUAUUCCUGUAAUUCCCAUCACCAAAUCAACAGGCUCCCGGUUCCGGAAUAGCGUGGAAGGAUUGAAUCAGGAGAUUGAAAUAAUAAUUAAAGAGACUGGGGAAAAGGAAGAGCAACUUAUACCGCAAGAUAUUCCAGAUGGCCAUCGUGCUCCACCCCCCCUUGUACAGAGAAGUAGCAGCACACGCAGCAUCGACACACAGACCCCUGGUGGGGCAGACAGGGGGAGCAACAACAGCAGCCGUUCCCAGUCCGUGUCCCCAACAUCGUUCCUCACCAUUUCCAAUGAAGGUAGUGAGGAGAGUCCUUGCUCAGCUGAUGACCUGCUUGUUGAUCCCAGAGAUAAAGAGAAUGGGAACAAUUCUCCUUUGCCCAAAUAUGCAACCUCACCAAAACCUAACAACAGUUAUAUGUUCAAAAGGGAACCUCCUGAGGGCUGUGAAAGGGUCAAAGUCUUUGAGGAAUGCUCGCCAAAACAGCUUCAUGAAAUCCCAGCCUUUUAUUGUCCUGACAAAAACAAGGUGAAUUUCAUUCCUAAAAGUGGAUCUGCUUUCUGCCUCGUCAGCAUCCUCAAGCCACUCCUUCCCACCCCAGAUCUUACACUCAAGGGCUCUGGCCACAGCCUGACAGUCACCACUGGCAUGGCAACCACUCUGCUGCAGCCUAUUGCUGUGGCCUCCCUGUCUACAAACACAGAGCAAGACCGAGUCUCUCGAGGAACAAGUACAGUCAUGCCAUCAGCUUCUCUACUCCCACCACCAGAACCAAUUGAGGAAGCUGAAGGAUAGGUCACAGUGCAAAGUGGCUGUUGUUCUGGGAAAUUGGAAACCUCCUCAGAUCACUGGACUCUGAUGGCAUCGUGCACUUCUGGCCAGCUGUGGUUUGCUCCAGCUCUCCAGUGACAUGUGACGGUGAGGCUUCUGGAAGAAAGGAUCCCCCAUGAUGGCUCUGCCUGACUUGUGAACGCCAACCCUCAGUGCUUAGCCUGGUUUUUAUCAAAGCACUGAUUGCAACAAGAAAGGUCUCAUUCUUUACCUUUGGAGAGACAGUAUCACGUUUUUGUUUUCGAAUUAGACUUCUUUAAAACACACACACACACACACAC